AAACAUGCUGCAUGCUCUUGUAUUCUGUGUACAGCCUGGGGCAAGCCUCUGAAGACCUGUUCUGACUGCUCUUCGGUCCUUCCAGAGUAACAGUGCUCAACCAGUUCGCACUGCUGGGGCAAGGCGGGGGAGUUGAUGUUUAAAGUUUGGUUACAAUCGUUGCCAUUUAUCAAUUCUUCUACAAUGAAGUAACCUCAAAAUAAUGGAAGUUGUUUUAUAGGCUUAGAGAGUCCUCUGUUUUCUUCAGGACUGAAGGUGGGGUUGAGGGAUGCCCUUGUUCGAUGCCAGAUGGCUGAUUUACGUCCAGAUCUUCCUGGUACAGCAGAAUGUACAGGCCUUCUAAUGUCCGAUUCUUGGAACAUGAAAAGGUUUUGUUUGAAACUGUAAAUAUGUUUGUGCCUUAAAAGAAUGGGGAGAGAAGGGAAAGGAAGUCUGGAGUGGAAAUCUGUGACCCGCUGUUUUUCAGGGUGAAGGCCCUCAGAUAGCCAGGCAUGAACUCGAUGUAAUCGGGAAAUAACUUUCCGAGGCAACAGCCUCUACCCCCGGAUUUGGGUAUUCCUGUAUUUUUCCCUCUUCCUCUCCUUUCGUUCUGAGGCUUCCCAGCAUGAGCUCCCAGGAGACAGAGGCUGGAGAAGAUUCUUGCUAGCCACACGUUUGUGUAUUUUGUUCCUUAAAAGGUGGGGUGUUUUUGCAUGUCGUAGCUGUAUGUGCAUGUAGAGCUGCUUGAUUUUUGUCAUUACUUUUUGGGGAUGGCACUGGGGCCGUUAAAUCGUCGGUGAACUAUUUUACUGAGUACCUCAGCCAGUGCCGUGAAAUCACAGUGUCCUUCCUCUUGUGCUGCAGCUCGUUGUGAAAUACCUGCCAUUCUGGAGGCUUUGACGAGGAAAGGAUAACAUACACGGCGUAGAAACAUGCACCUUUUUCUUUGUGUUCUGAUCUUCUGGUUUCAGAGGAGGAGAGCUUGGGACGGAGGGUUUCUUGUGAGAUCAAAUGUAAAAAAUGUUCUUCAAAGAAACAACUAUGGCAUCUUGUGCCAGAACUUAAGUUAUUUCCUGAAAAGAAUUUUUUUAGAAGUAUUGGAAUCCAAAGCAAAGAAAUAAGCAUGCAUAAAACCACAAUCUCCCUUUCACUGUCUAUAUCUAUAAAUAUAAAUAUUUAUAUAUAUAUAUAAAACUAACAUUUACUAGAGGUUUUUUUACCCUCUCAGAUAAGAGCUUCUUGGCUGUUUUUUAGCAGGUUGAUCUCUGCCUGAGGAAACAUGAAAAGGGAGUCUCUUUGAAUACAAACAUGGCUCAAAUAUUUUGUAUUUUACCGGACUCUGCAGGAAUGAAAUGCCCAGACUUAGAGACUGGCAGGAGGGAGGUUUCUCGGCAUGUUUGUGUGCUAGAACUGUACCUGGGGAGCUCAGGAGCCCGAUUUUAGGACUCGUGGAGGAGACGUUUUUAGACGUUUUAUUUGUUGCAGGCAUCCUGUGUGGACAACGUACCUGUGUAUGUGAGGAGAAAGGCUUUUGCAGUAUUUUGUAUUCUUGUUACCUACGGGACGGAGAGGAACUGUUUGUAGUGUUUUUACCCUGUGUUGGAAGAGGCGGCACAAAGGGAUGGGACACGGAUGACAAAGCCAUUGAUUCUUCCUAGGCUACUUUCCAGUGAUCUCUUCAGGUCAAACACUUAAUAAAGGUCUGGGGUGAGGUGAAGAGAGCAGUUAUUUCAUGCUCUGGGAUUAAACUCUCCUCAGACCACCAAAAUCAAGACAGAAAACCUCCCUUUUCUGCUGGACCAGCAGUCCAGCUGCCACCUAGUUGGUGGUGGAAGGGUGUUUAUGGGAGCAGGAGCAUCGUGACUCUCCGUAGUGGAGAUUUUCCGACGUCUGUUGUGUAUCAGUGCCAUUCGCUGGGACGAAUGAUUGACCAAAGCUGCGUUCUUAACACAAACGGAAGCCUCAAUGACUGACGUUCCCAGGCCUUGAUAAACCAAGGCGGUUCGUGCUGAUCCCAGUCAGGUAGCCGAUACCCACAACGUGUACGCUCCCCUGUCAGAGCGCUGUGCAGCAGCUGAUUUGAGUAACUCGGCUCUAAUCCCGCCGCACAGACGUGCUCAGAGCAGCGACACCUUUGCGGAUGACGCGUAUGGAAGGAGCAGAGGCUAUGGGCAGGGUCGAGGGCUGGUGGGGCAGAGCACAGGGAGCUGACCUUCUCGCAGGCUGGGUUUGCUGGUCUGGCCUGGUCACGGUAGGCACAGCAGUGAACUUGGGCUUUGUGCUCUCCAAGAAGACCCGAGAAGGGGUUAGACCUUGCUGCGGGAGAUGAAACCAGACCUAGCAAAGCCUGGGGCACAAACAGUUCUCAGGAUGGUCCCGUCUCGCAGCUGCUCCUGAACCUCCUCGCUGCGGUCACCCGGAUGGAGGUGGAGAACCUCAGCCUGCUUUCACCACGUGCUGGGAGAAGCCAGGCUUGGGAGAAAAUCGCCAUCGCUUCCUUGCUCUUCUGUGGAGGUAACACCCUGGUGUCCUUCGUCACGAGCCUGGAGCUGUCCUCCAUCAGCUGGAAAGAAGAAUGUCCCCGCGUGUCUGACGAGGCGCUGUGGCUUGUCCCCAAGAUUCCCCGGCUCGACAAGUCCUUACUCAUCCGCUUGUUCACAGCAGGGAUUUCACGAGACCCCCUCCGAGCCCCACGAGGACAUUUCUCGGCUGGUGGCCCGCUGGAAGCAGGAGAGCAAGAGCUGUAGGUGACGGUGGGGCUCGCGGAGGUGUGCCUGCCGCCGGGCUGGCUGCUCGGCUCCUGUACCGGAGUCCAGAGGCACCUGUACAAGACCGAGGCGUGUCGGGAAACCUGAUGCCUCACCUCUGCCAAUGUGGAGGCGGAGGGAGGAGGGCCCAAAGACAUGUCCCUUCACGCUCGCAACAGCUGAAAACGGAGAAGGAAACUCGCUAGAGCCUUUUUUUACCAGCGCAGGAGGCCUCGCUGUCCCGCUCUCGCCCCAGAAGCCCUCCCGUACGCCAGUACUCUGGGGGGGUGGCAGUCCCGCACCCGCCGGGCGAUGAACAUCGCAAGGAGAAGAGGCUUUUACAGACAGGAGGUGAACAAAACCAUCUGGGAGCUGCCCAGGAGAUACACGUCUCUCCACCCCGUGGGGUCCGGAGCCUACGGCUCGGUGUGUUCAGCCAUAGACAAGAAGACGGGGGAGAAAGUGGCUAUCAAGAAGCUCUGCCGCCCGUUCCAGUCGGAGAUCUUUGCCAAGAGAGCGUACAGAGAGCUCAUGCUGUUGAAGCACAUGCAACACGAGAACGUCAUUGGGCUGCUUGAUGUCUUCACCUCCGCCGCCUCCUACCAGGGAUUCCAGGACUUCUACCUGGUGAUGCCAUACAUGCGGACAGAUUUACAAAAGAUCAUGGGACAUGAAUUCAGUGAUGAAAAGAUCCAGUACCUGGUCUACCAAAUGCUGAAAGGGCUGAAGUACAUUCAUUCAGCCGGCAUCAUCCACAGGGACCUGAAGCCAGGCAACCUGGCUGUGAACGAAGACUGUCAGCUAAAGAUCUUGGAUUUUGGCUUGGCCAGACACGCUGAUGCUGAAAUGACCGGCUACGUGGUUACGCGCUGGUACAGAGCCCCAGAAGUCAUUCUGAACUGGAUGCAUUACAACCAGACAGUGGAUAUCUGGUCUAUUGGCUGUAUCAUGGCAGAAAUGCUGACCGGGAAAACGCUGUUUAAAGGAAAAGACUACCUAGAUCAACUGACUCAGAUCCUGAAAGUAACGGGGCAUCCAGGGGAAGACUUCGUGGAGAAGCUGGAGGACAAAGCGGCUAAGAGUUAUAUCAAGUCCCUUCCUAAAAUCCCCAAGAAGGAUUUGUCUGUGCUUUUCCCCAAAGCCAAUCCUCAGGCAGUGGACCUGCUUGACAAGAUGUUGCAGCUCGAUGUGGGAAAGCGCCUUACAGCGACGGAGGCGUUGGCUCACCCCUAUUUCGACCAGUUCCGAGACAUCGAGGAGGAGACGGAAGCGCAACAGUCCUAUGAUGACUCUCUGGAACACGAAAAGCUUUCGAUAGAUGAGUGGAGAAAGCAUAUUUACAAGGAGAUCUUGUCCUUCAGUCCCAUUGCACGGAAGGACUCAAAGAAGCGAAGUGGGAUGUCAUUAUAGCGACCGGUGCGGCUGUGGCUGGGAUUCACUUCUCCUGGAUGACGGGUCGGAUUUUGGAUGGCGACGGGUCGGAUUUACUCCACGCUGCCUUGCUGGUGGCCAUCGUUUGGCCUGUGGGACUUCUCUGUGUGCCAACACAAGGAUGACACCGUGCUGUGGGCAUUGGACUUUGUUCUACUAAAGGGGGAAGCACCCCAAACAGUUUUCAACACAAAAGAUAAAUUUAUUCUCAUUGAAACUUUA